GGAGCCGGGCUUCCCUGCGCACUCGCUGGCGCGCACGCAGCCAUGGCGGACCCCGAGCUGGAGCUGGUGGCGCGGCGGGUCCGCGCCUUCCCCGACUUCCCGGUGCCGGGCGUGCUGUUCAGGGACAUCUCGCCGCUCCUAAAGGACCCCGACUCCUUCCGCGCCUCCAUCCGCCUCCUGGCUCGGCAUCUGAAGGAGACGCACGGCGGUGGCAUCGACUACAUCGCAGGCCUGGACUCGCGGGGCUUCCUGUUCGGCCCUUCCCUGGCGCAGGAGCUGGGCCUGGGCUUCGUGCUCAUCCGCAAGCGUGGGAAGCUGCCGGGCCCUACCUUGUCAGCCUCGUACGCGCUGGAGUAUGGGGAGGCUGAGCUGGAGAUCCAGAAGGACGCCCUUGAGCCUGGACAGAAGGUGGUCAUUGUGGAUGACCUGUUGGCUACUGGAGGGACCAUGCGGGCAGCCUGUGAGCUGCUGGGCCAGCUGCAGGCCGAGGUGCUGGAGUGCGUGAGCCUAGUGGAGCUGACCACGCUGCGGGGCCGCGACAAGCUGCAGCCAGUGCGGGUCUUCUCCCUGCUGCAGUAUGACUGAGGGCAGCCAGAGCCUGUCACAGACCAGGAUCCCCAGAAGGGGAGCCUGCAGCACAGCCUCUGCAAGUUGGGGAACAAAGCCCAGUGGCCCUGCCUUUCUCCCAGCCCCCUGGGCAGGUUCUGAUCUUGCUCCGGGCUCAGGCCCCAUGCAGUAGCAGCCCUGUGUGCCGGUUCACGUCCCAGCCUCUGGUCUGGGAAAGCAGAGGACGCCGCCUCAAGGCCUCAGAGAUGCCCAGC